AUGCACCCUUCGACGAGACGCAGCAUCGACCUGCUCGUUCGGACUGCCACCCAGACGGCUCGCCAACAUCAACACCGUCAAUUUUCACAGACUCGGCACUCACCCUCGUCGGUAAACCCAGAGGAGGUAUCCCACUUCAAUGCUCUGGCCUCGGCAUGGUGGGAGCCGCACGGCUCGUCGCGACUCCUCCAUCUCAUGAAUCCCCUCCGCCACGACUUCAUCCAGCAGUGCCAGAAGACCUAUGGGGCGGCUCCGGCCCACGAACUGCGAUUCCUCGACAUUGGCUGUGGGGGAGGGAUAUUUGCUGAGUCCGCGGCACGAUUACCGUCGACAAAGUCUGUUACUGCGAUUGACCCGACGCCUGGGGUGCUCGCCAUUGCCGAGGCACAUAAGAAGCGCGACCCUUCGCUGAGCAACAAGCUUACAUACCUCAACACCUCUCUUGAGGAGCUACCUGUGGGCGAGAUGUACGAUGUUGUCAGUGUAUUCGAAGUAGUUGAGCAUAUCACGACGCCCGCCACGUUCCUGGACGAGGUAGAGAAGCAUGUGAGACCCGGGGGGUGGCUGGUGAUGAGCACGAUUGCGAGGACAUGGAUGAGCUGGUUCACGACGAAUUUGGUGGCCGAGGAUAUACUGGGGAUUGUACCGAAGGGGACACACGACUGGGAGAAAUACAUCAAUGUGGACGAGCUGGAAAAGUACUUUGCAACGAAGGGCGGAUGGAGCAAGGCGGUGGUGCAGGGGGUGGUGUAUGUUCCAGGCGUGGGAUGGAAGGAGGUGGAGGGGAGUGAGAAGAUAGGUAAUUACUUCCUCGGUGUCAGGAAAGACACCGUUGCUUGA